AAAAGGUAACAAAGAAAAAAAAGUUUUUUUUACCAUUUAAAAAAAAAAACAGGUCUUCUCUUCUCUCCCUCUCGGACCUGGUCACAUCCUCGACGGCUCCACUCUUCCUCGAAUCAUCUUCUUCGUCCUUAUCCUCUUCUGAGAAAUUCAAUCCGAUUUAUCUUCUUCAUUCACGCUCUAUAUAUACAUCUCACCUCGUCUCGUCUGGUCAGCUCUGUUUCUCUUCAUCGACCGGUUCUUCAUCGGGGUCAAACCGGCUCCGAGCUAUCUACCAGGUUCGAGGAUUUCAAAUUUUAAUCUGUUCUGAUGGGAUCGGAGCCUCGGGAAGACCCGAGGCGCGAACUGAUUGACUUGCCUGUUCUUCACAAACUCAAACUCUACAGUACUCGCACGACUUUUUACUUGAUUGGGAGAGACGAGAAGAAAACUUUUUGGAGGAUUCUUAAGAUUGAUCGAACGGACCCGAAAGAGUUGAAUUUGUUUGAAGAUCCGACAAAGUAUACACAUGAUGAAAUCAGCCAACUUAAAAAAUGGAUUAGUAGAGGGAACCAGGAGCAUGGUGGACUUAGAGCAGAGACUACUUGCUAUGGUAUCAUUGGUUUUGUUAGAUUCUUGGGGCCUUAUUACAUACUUGUGAUUAGAAAAAGGAAGAAAGUGGGCGAGAUCUGCGGUCAUGCUAUCUAUGGUGUAGCGGAGAGUCAAAUGAUCAUGGUUCCGUAUCCUUCUAGUGAGACGAGAGUGUCUAGUUCUGCAGCCGAGCGAAGGUAUAGGAAGCUCUUCAACAUGGUGGAUCUUAGCAAAAACUUCUACUUCAGCUACACGUAUCGCCUCAUGUACUCCCUCCAGAAGAACAUCUGCAACACUGAGAGAGGAAAAAUUCACGACAACAGCAUGUUUGUCUGGAACGAAUAUUUAACACGAGGGAUCAGAGGGAUCCUCAAGAAUACCGUAUGGACAGUUGCAUUGGUAUACGGAUUCUUUGAACAGAUUAAAUGUUCAGUAUCUAAUGAAGAAUUUAUUUUGACUGUCAUUGCUCGGCGUUCACGCCGUUAUGCUGGUACAAGAUAUUUAAGGCGUGGUGUGAAUGAGCAAGGCAGCGUAGCCAAUGAGGUUGAGAUAGAGCAGAUAGUUUCCAAAGAGGUUCCAGAGGGGAAGAAAAUCCCUAUAACAUCAGUUGUGCAGGUUCGAGGCUCCAUACCGCUAUUCUGGUCCCAGGAGACAUCUGUGUUCAAUCCACAACCCGACAUAAUAUUGAAUAACACAGACGAGAAUUACACAGCUACUAAGCUCCACUUUGAGAAUCUGAGACAGAGAUAUGGGAAGCGGAUAAUCAUCAUGAAUCUUCUAAAAACAGGUGAUAAAGACCAUCGAGAGAGCAUCUUAAAGGCAGCGUUUGGAAAGGCAAUCUGGUUUAUAAACAGACAGACGAAGAAGGAUAGCCGUUUAAAAGCGAUCCAUUAUGAUCUUAACAAACACUUCAAAAGCGGAGUUGAUGGUGCAUUCGAGCAGCUGUGUGUCCUUGGGAAGAGAGCGUUGGACUUGAUUGACUUAUUCUUCUGUGAAGCUCCUUUAGGCAUUGGAGCUGAAGGCGUUAUUAACGACUCAUUUUUAAAUAACCCUAUUAUGAAUCAAGAUAAAGAGGAAACUAUUCAAGAAAAUGAAGCUUUGAAGGCGGAUAUACAUAAGCUUCAAAGUGGGGUGUUGAGGACAAACUGCGUAGACUGCUUGGAUCGUACUAAUGUUGCUCAGUACUCCCACGGAUUGGUAGCUCUUAACCAGCAGCUGCGUACAUUGGGUAUCACAGGACCUCCUAUCGUCGAUAAAGACAACCCCGUGGCAAAGAAACUGAUGGAAGUUUACGAAAACGCGGGUGAUGCAAUUGCAAUUCAGUAUGCUGGCUCGGAAGCUCACACCAAGAUGUUCAGUGCGCUGAGAGGUGAGUGGAACAUGAUGAUGAAACACCGUGACAUCAUCACAGCUGUUCGUCGUCACUACAACAACGCUUAUCAGGACGGCGAAAAGCAGAACGCCAUCAAUGUGUUCUUGGGGAAAUCCGGGCCUCAACUGGGGAGGCAAGCCCCGUGGGAGUUGGGUUCUGACCAACGCAACACUAGAAGAACUAGUUCUAACCUAGACAUCGAAACCCUGAGGCCAAAAAUUUCAAGAUCCUUAUCGGAUAACCUUCUCUUAUUGGGUGAACUGAAUCUGGAGGAGCCGAUACUCGAAAAUCCAGAGCCUUCACGUGAAGGGUUAAACGGUGUUAUAUGGGAAACAACUUCAGAAUCUGGAUUCAUUGAAGCUGAACCAACUUCUCCAACCUUCCACUCGGCUAUUGUCGAUGAGGAUCAUUUGAGACGAACAGGAUCAAGACAAAUGUUACAAGGGAGUAGCUCUAUGUCUGAUUUUCUUGGUCUGGAUGAUGUACCUGGUUUUUCACACUCAUACAAUGCUAGAUUCACUCCGGCAGAUGAAAUGUUUGAAAUCUGCAGCUCCGUGUCGUCAGAUAACAUGUUCACGGACCUGGACGAAUCCAUCACUUCUACAACUGAUACGAACAUUCUUGAGUUUCAUAGCAGUUCGAAUCAACCAGGACGUUUCAUUGAAUUUCCUUUAGUAGAUGGAUACUCAAAUGAAUUCACUCAGUGGGUUCUACACGAAAAAUCAUCAUUGUCAAGGGCUCCGAGAUGAAACUUGUGCCUUGCACGGGAAGUUAACGGACGUAAGGCAGGGUUGGACAGGCAUGAUACACACGCACACACACACAAUAACAGCCACAUCUUUGUACAUACCCGAUUCAGCUUUGUAAAGGUCCUUGUUUCUUGUAUUUCUUUCUCCUACCAAGGUUGAUUUCUAUCUCUUUCUUUCUUUUUCAUCACCCACAAAAAGUUGAUUUUGUUUGUUUUUUGGUAUAUAGAGGGGUUGGUUUGGUUCAAUUUUUCUAGUAAUUUGUGGCGGCCCAAUUGGCUGAACCGCAAUGAAUUGUGUGAUUACUGAUGACUGAUUAGAAGUUGGAAGCAACACGCCAUAUUACAAUUCCUA